AUGAGGCUGUCACUUUCUCUUCUCUUUGUCACGCUGGUGACCUCUUCGGUUGCUAGUCCCUUAGUGUUAGAUUAUUCCGAAAGUACCAUUCAGAAACUUAAAGAUCGCCGGUCUGCAACUAUAAAAGCGACUACACAAAAACGACAAUCAGCUGGAACUACGGAGAAUGAGUUUCUUCAAGGCGGAUGCCGGGAUAUCAUAUUCAUCUACGCUCGUGGCAGCACCCAAGAUGGUAAUAUUGGAGACGACCCAGGUCCGCAAACUAUAGAUCAACUCAAAGCUGCAUUGGGUGCAAAUGCUAUAGCAGCUCAGGGGGUCGACUAUCCAGCACUGCUAAUCGACAAUCUGAGAACAGGGGGUUGUGACCCUGAGGAUGCUGACAAUAUGCGAGCGUUGAUAACGCAAGCGGCAACUCAGUGUCCGUCAUCGAAACUAGUAGUUUCGGGUUAUAGCCAAGGGGCUGCACUUGUUCAUCGAUCGAUCGAAUCUGCAUCAACUUCUGUUAAGAAUCGGAUCUUCGCGGCGGUGACUUAUGGCGACACCCAGAAAGCGCAGGAUGGAGGGAAAAUCCGAAAUUUCGACGCGAGCAAGACCCUAAUCCUAUGCCACGACGGCGACGAGGUUUGUAAAGGUACAUUAAUUGUAACCGACGCUCACCAUGAGUACCACGAUCUUGCCCCCGACGCAGUGGAUUUCAUUGUUAGCAAGGUUUAG